GCUCAGUUGAUGUUUGGUCGUCGCCGCGUGACAACUGAACGUCGCAAAUCGAUCAACGACCGUGACUGUCGGCGCUGUGUCAUAAUUGUGUCGAUUCGUGAACGUGAAAAACCUUGUCAAGAAAUAAAAAGCUUUUCAAAAACGUAGAACGUUCCCACAUCAGUUUUUGUGACUCUUUAAUUGAUUGGAGUGUCUUCUAAUCACAAAGCAACCAAGAAAAGGACAUGAGUAAUACUUCGAAAUGACAUCUUUCUCUGCAAAUACAUGACUCCUCAUGAAUCAAAAUCGAUUUUGUACCUCCCCAAUAUAUUGUUUGCAUUUAGAUUCUCGAUAAGUGAACUAUAACCCUAUCAAUAAGACAUUGUUACUCCAAAAAAGCUAUUAGCUAUUAUAAUGUAGAAAAGUUUAUAUAGAUUCCCUAACACUUUGUAGACAUUGUAAGUGAGGUGGGAGAGGUGAAGCAGCACAUACAAGUAUACAAGCAUGAUAACAGUUUUCUUCAGGGAGUUGAACAUCAUUGUGACAGUUUUCUGGUGAUAUCGGGACAGGGGAGCUUAUCGUCACCAGUGCUGCGUUCUCAACUUUCGCUUAUCAUGACGUACUCCAUGGUGCUUCUUCUCUUUCUCAUCGCUCUGAUGCCUGAGGGCGUCGUUUUCGGAUAUCAUCACAAAGGGCGUUUCAAGGACAGUCUGCACAAGAUCUAUAAAGAGUCAAAAGGAGAGUCAGCUAUGGACUACAAUGUCGGAUUGGCGGAUCCUCCCACCUUCACCACGGAAGGAAAGACUCUGAAAAUCAUCACUGGCGAUACUGUCGUGCUACCAUGCGAUGUUGUGAAUCCAAGUGGCUAUCUACUAGCAUGGAAGCGCGGUAUUGCUAUUCUCAGCGCGGGAAACGUGAAAGUGACGCCUGAUGAGAGAUUUCGACUGGUCGAUGGCUACAACCUCGAGAUAAGAGACGUGCAGACUCAGGAUGCUGGCGACUAUGUUUGUCAGAUAGCCACGCUCAAUCCUCUCGAGAUCACGCAUACGCUUGAAAUACUAGUGCCUCCUAGGAUCCACAGUGUGACGUCGGGUGGAAAUGUUGAAGUCAAGAAGGGUUUGACGGUGACACUCGAGUGCAGGGCUUCCGGGAAUCCAGUCCCAGUCAUUUCAUGGACAAGAAAGAAUAAUCUGCUUCCUUCGGGAGAGAAGUCGGUGGAGGGCUACUCGAUAAUAAUUGAGCAGGCGACUCGACAUCACGCUGGCGUCUACCUGUGCACGGCGAGCAAUUCAGUUGGCGAACCGGUCACUGCGCAGAUAUCUCUACAUGUGCUUUAUCCACCUGAAAUCGAAGUGGAGAGAGGCUGGGUUCAUUCCGGUGAAGGGUACGAGGCACAAUUGGUCUGCAUAGUUCAUGCCGAGCCUCAGGCAGAGGUGCUGUGGUAUAGAGAUACACUGAGACUGGACACUACAGAGAGGAGAAUAAUGGAAGUGCGAGGUAGCAGACACACCCUUAUCAUAAGGAAAGUGCAAUCUUCCGACUUUGGCAACUACAGUUGCGUAGCUGAUAACACCAUGGGGAAGGCGCGGGAGUACCUUGAACUCUCUGGUAAACCAAACCCAGCGAUCUUCAGGAGUCAUCCAAUGGGCCGCUUUAAAGACAGCUACAACCUGACAUGGUCAGUAAACAGCUACACUCCGAUUGAGGAGUUCAGAUUGUAUUUCAGGAGGCUGCCACCCCCUCCAGUGCCCGGCCAACUCACCCAACCACAACACCACCACAACAAGCGACCCACGAGACGGGAGAACGAGACGUGGGGUGGGGGCGGAGGUGGGUCAGGCGUGAGACUGCGUGACGAGUGGAACGACGUGAUUUUGCCGGCAGCUCCCAGCGAGCAGUUCACGCAGCAGAUGUCGUACAUGAUCAGAGGCCUGGAACCCGCGCUGCACUACGAGGCGCGAGUACAGGCCAAGAACAGAUUUGGCUGGAAUGACAUCUCCGACACGUUCCUCUUCACCACAAGAGGAGUAGACCCGGAGAUGAGGGACAUGGGAGUGACUGCCCAGUCUGUUUCAUCGACUUGCAAAAGCGCAGCAAACAUUUUGUUUGUCAGCUUUGUCAUGGCCGUCUGCUUGUCAUAAGAUGAAUAAGUUCAUAUUGAAAAAGUUCAACAACCGACACACAUCAACACUGAAGGCCAUUCAAUCAAGAGAGUGAUGAUGAUGAUGAUGAUGAUGCUAAUUAUCAUUUUUUAUUCGUCAACAGGAUAGUGAAUUGACAGUGCUACGAUAGUGCUUAGAACAGUGCAAGCUGUUCUAAAUCAGUUAAUUUACUGAAAACAAAAUAAUGAUGUAUGAUGAUAUACGAUCGGACCAUUGAACAAUGAAACUGAUGACCAAUUUUCCAAUUCGACUUUAUUCUCCAGGGAAGGUCGAUAUUAUCAUGUGAACUAAUGGUUCUGUGAAAUGUGAUGAGUUGAUUAUCAUCAGAAGUAGUUCAUUAGCAGAACCUAUAGAAAAGUGAUUAAUUGAAAUAACAGUGUGUAUUAUUUUAGAUGCAAUCGUUGUAUCAUAAUCGUUUGUAGAGCCCAAUUUAAAUGUAUAUAAUUUUAUUCAACCAAUCACAAAGAUGAUAGAUUCAAUAUUCAUAGUCAACUAAUUGGAUAAUUCGAUCAAACGCAUUUACACUUCCCAAUGAUAUCUUCUGUAAAGCUCUUUAUUGAUCCAAUGAUGACGAUCAAUUGAUCAUGGAGAAAUGAAAGAAAUUCUAUACGACUAUAAGCCUAUUUGCCUGGAAAAAAUUGAAAUUUCAAUACGUUUUUCCUUGAAUUUUAAAAGCUGUAAAAAGUUUAUUCUAUACUGAAAAUUUGUGAUUAUAAUAGGUUUUUGCUUGAGUUUAUGCUUUAUCUCAGAAUAAGCCGUUUCCGCAUAAUAUUUGAUCUCAUCAAAAAAAACAUGAUAGGCCUGUUUCCUGAUAAUUUUUUUCAAAAGUAAUGAACUGUUGCAAUCCUACAAUUCCACAAUGGCUUAUGACUCUUGACGGCCUAUUUUUCUUCCAUAAUAUUGAUAAGUAUCAAUUUGAUUUGAUUUGGAAAAAGUAUCAUUUAUUUGUCAAGUUCGAAUUCGCUACAAUUCAUACCCGUUCUCAAAUUGUUUCAAUUUCAGAUCAGCGAACAGUGCAAUGGAUGUAUUAUUUUAUUAGGUCUUUCUGUGGAUAUCAAAUUCGAAAAAUAAUUUCUGUAUGUAUUAUAAAUUAGUAUUGAAUCACUGUAACAUUCUUUUAUGGUCUCCUUCAACGUGUAGAACAGCAAGAAAUGUAACAUCAUUCCUAUAACUAGAAUCUCAUAGUGAAUUGAUUGAUAAGAAUAUAUUCAUCACAUAACCGUGAAUAAUGGAGUCUGUGAAAUAAUGUCCAUUCCUUGUGAUUGAUACUCUCAAUCAUCAUUCUCAUACUGAAAUAUCCAAAUUAUUGUCAAAGAGAUAUUUUGAAAGAUGAAAAACAGAAUUAGUUGAAUUUUAUCCGAAAUGGAUAAUCCACACACUUAUGGAAACGGAAAAUUUCAAUAAGAGAGACUCAAUCAAUAUUUUCAAGUGAAAAACACUUUAAUUCAAUAAUUCAUUGAUCUAAACCAUUUAUGACUCCUUUCUGUUUGCUGCAGCUGCGUUACUGUUUCAUAAUAUAAUUAUCUCAAAAUCCAAUUAAAAAUAAUUCCUUUACCGUAUGAAAAUUGAAAAUUUCAUCCAUGAUUGUAUUGUACUCCAUGCUCUCGAUAUAUUUAGUUAUACAGCCAGGAGGUGAGAUAACUUCCAUGUUACUCAAACAACAGAAGUCAUACAGUAAGAGUGAAUAAUUGACACAGUUGAUUAACAACGUUCGAUGCUUCCAUGUGAGAAUCGCACAGCACUGUUAUAAGUGUGGGGGAUGUAAAGAGUAGGUAUAUUAUUUUAGAAUUAUUCAAAUGUAGGUCAUUUCGUUCUUUCAAUAGAUUGUAUUGAUAAUCACAAACAAGCAUCAGUAAAUAUUAUCAUCUUCUCUUAUCAUCAAGAAUCCUUUAAUAUUGAAAUGUAUACCAUGACACUUAACUUUUCUAAAAUGUGUCAGGAAUAGAAGAAUAAGCAAUAACCAGUUUACUGGAGUUUUCACACAUUUUGAAGCCUUCAAAUCUUCGAGUGAAUAAGUUUUAUUACAUAAAGCUAUAAAUUGAUUACGUGAAAAAAUCUAUUCUAUGAAAUAAAUGAUACUCCAUGGUCAAUGUUAUUCGUCUGGAAUAGAGAGAAUGUGUAACAAACUGGAAGGAAGACACCUCCUCGAUGUUAUUGAAAACGUGUCCCGUUGGUCAGAAUAACAAAUUUUCAAAUUCUACUCACAAUAUACUGAAAUUGAAGCGUUCCUUGUGCCACUUGAUAUAUUAUGAGAGACCUCCUGAAAUUAAUGAUAUAAUUUACUAUGAUUAACAGCAGCAUAGGUAAUUUGCAAUUUAUCAGAAUAUAACGUUCUUUCCUAAGUAAAAAUCAUGUAAUAUACCUUCCUGUUCCUCAUGUUGAGUUUGAUGCGAGAUAUUUUGUAUAUAAGUUAUAGGCUAUUGUUAUGUAUAAAUAUUAGUGAGUGACGAAUGAAUGAAGUUUUGCAGUAUGAUUAGAGGAGUAUGUGAACUUUUCUAUAUUUCCUAUGCAAAGCCUUAUAAUAUUUUAUCACUGCUAUGAUACCCGAACUGGUAUGUGUGUAUAUACAGAGAAGCUAACUCAAGAAUAAUUGAUGUUAUAGUGUGUAAAUAUUGUAAAUAAGAGCGUAUUGUCUGACUACUUGUAUUUCCAAUACUGUGAUUUUUAAAAAGUUAUUUUAUAAAAUAGCCCACUUGGAAUGUGCAUAUAUAUUUUCAUGUCCCGUAUGUUAUUGAUGUGUGAUCUGCAUAGAAAUGAAUGUGCUGUUCAAUGUAUAAUAUUACUAAGUUAUUAUGAUACUGUACUAUGGAAAUAAAAUCAAAAACAAAAAU